AUGUUUGGGCCAUCAGCCUCCACAUCCUCUUCCUCCACCCUUCAAUUCAAUGCCACGUCAUCGUCCUCAACGAUGACAUCAUCUGGCAUGGCUCCGCCCCUUUUUGCCACGUCGUCAUCGUUACGAGAGCCACGCCUCGUUCACAUACCAAACAAACCGCUUCUGUCAAUUGACCCAUCGGCGAGAGCAGACUCACACGUCUAUUUAUCACCUUCUUUCAUUCAAUCAGGUAUGUUGUUACCAGAAGCAGUGGCAGCCGCCUCCUCAUCAGUUUCAUCGUCUGAAAAUGAUGAUGCUAAUCAGAGGAUACAUGAAGCCACAAGAAGUUUUAAUCAGUUUGGAUCUCAAGUUUAUGAAACGAUUCGAGAGCUUUCCAACACUUCAAACGCCUAUGAGAGGUUGAAGGCAAACUCGUCUAGACGGAAAAUGAGAUUCGCCCAAGAUAGUGGAACAACAUCAACCUCAAGUUCAUCGUCACUUUUCGAUCGACAUGCCGCCGAGUUCUCAGCAUUUACGCCCUAUCGUAAUCCCACUUAUGACUCGACACAGAGCCUAUUCCAACCAUCAACGUCAUCGAUGAACGAUCGAUUAGAACAGAUUCGAAACGAAUUCAUGGAAGAGCAUAAACCAAAAAUUCCAGAAUCACUCAUGUCACUUUCCGGAUUCAACACACCUACCACAGCUCUUGGUGCCGCCUUUCAGGAUUUGAACAUGAAAAGCGCGUUUGCCCCUGUUCGCCGAUCGGGUCUAGAUCAUCGAAGAGGUGCCGGUGGCCAUUUCAUUUCUGAUAUUCUCAAAGAAGAGCCAAUAGGCUCUAGAAACCUCGACGGCCUAAAUGUGAUCAGAAAUGUGCCAAUACGAUUAAUCCAUUCCACUUCUAACUUUGAUAUUGCUUCUUCAAGUUCUGGAGAUUCUGGACAUCAAGGGGCGAACGAUGAUCAUGAGAGUAUUGUUGUGGAGGAUGCCGAUAUGGAUAGUCCAACUAGUCCGUUGGUUAAAAAAUCUGCGCGAGGAUUUGAUUUGAGAGAUCCGCUAACAAUCAACACGGAGAGCAUCUCAUCAACAUCGGACCUUCCCAGCUCCCUCUCUUCCUCCGUAAACUCCUUCGUUUAUCAGAAUCAUGAUCCAUUGGAUUUUCAAAAAGUGAUCGAGCAGUUAACAGCGGAUUCCAGUCGUGCUGUAAUGCCAGAUUUCACAGGAAUGGUUGAUCCGGCGAACAUCUUAACGCAGAUAGAUCUGGUGAAGAAGCAAAUGAGCGAAAUGGAAAAACUGAUGUCAGAAGCGCAAGGAGAGCUGGAAAUGCGAAGAAGUCAGUCGAAUUUGAAUCUACACGUGGAUUCGUGUCAAGAUGACUCGUCGAAUUGUGAGGCAAGCCCAAGUUCGAGCUAUAAUGAUGAGCCGGCUUCGAAGAGACUCCAUCAGUGCACACAUCCACAGUGCGGCAAGGUGUACACCAAAAGCAGUCAUUUAAAGGCGCAUUAUCGAACACAUACAGGUGAGAGCGAAAAACCGUACGAAUGCAGUUGGCCUGGAUGUGAUUGGCGGUUCGCGAGAUCUGACGAACUUACAAGGCACUAUAGGAAGCAUACAGGAGACCGCCCAUUCAAAUGCACGCAGUGCUCGCGAGCCUUCUCGAGGAGUGACCAUCUGAGUCUUCACAUGAAAAGACAUUUUUGA